UUUUCAUACUCGUGUUGUUUGCAAACUGUGUCUGUGAAUAUUCUCAUUUUUCUGAUCAGAAAUUGUGUAAGAACCGAAGUAUUAUAAAGAUUCAAUAAAGAAAGACUCGAGAGAACAGUUGGGUGAUAUUUUUAUCUAUAUUUGACCGUACAGGGAAAAGAUCAAAAGCUGAAACCAUGUCUAGGAAAUACGAGGUUACAAACAAGGUAUUUUCAAAGAAAGGAAAUUUGGUGGCACACAAACCAACACAUACUGGAGAGAAACCUUAUGAAUGUGAUGUUUGCAACAAAAGAUUAUCACAGUCAAGCGAUUUAACCGUUCAUAAGAGAACACAUACUGGAGAGAAACCUUAUGAAUGCGAUGUUUCCAAUAAAAGAUUUUCAAAGUCAAGCGAGUUAACCGUUCAUAAGAGAACACACACUGGAGACAAACCUUUUGAAUGUGAUGUUUGUAAAAAAAGAUUUUCCCGAUCAAACAACUUGGCUUUACAUAAAAGAACACACACUGGAGAGAAACCCUAUGAAUGUGAUGUUUGCAACAAAAGAGUUUCACACUCAAGUCACUUAGCGGUUCAUAAGAGAACACACACUGGAGAAAAACCUUAUGAAUGUGAUGUUUGCAAGAAACGAUUUUCACAGUCUAGCCACUUAGCAGUUCAUAAGAAAACACACACUGGAGACAAACCUUAUGAAUGUGAUGUUUGCAACAAAAGAUUUUCGCGAUCCAAAGGCUUAGCAGUUCAUAAGAGAACACAUACUGGAGAAAAACCUUAUGAAUGUGAUGUUUGCAACAAACGAUUUUCAUACUCAAGUCACUUAGCGGUUCAUAAGAGAACACACACUGGUGAAAAACCUUAUGAAUGCGAUGUUUGCAACACAAGAUUUUUACGAUCAGACGUCUUAGCUGUUCAUAAGAGAACACACACUGGAGAGAAACCUUAUGAAUGCGAUGUUUGCAACAAAAGAUUUUCGCAGUCACAUGCCUUAACUUUACAUAAAAAAGCACACACUGGAGACGAAUCUUAUGAAUGUGAUGUUUGUAAGAAAGGAUUUUUGAAGUCAAGCAACUUAGCGGUUCAUAAGAGAACACACACUGGAAACAAACCUUAUGAGUGUGAUGUUUGUAAGAAGAGAUUUUCACAAUUGAGCACCUUAAGUAGACAUAAAAGUAUGCAUACUGGAGACAAACCUCACAAAUGUGACAUUUGCCACAAGAGAUUUUCAGAAUCACACAAGUUAACACAACAUAAAAUAUCAGCACACAAGAGAAGUCAGAGUUUUGAGUGUGAUAACUGCAAGAAAACAUUCACACAACGACAAAGUCUCAAACGUCACUGGAGAUCACGCUUGAGAGAUGGCUUAUUAUUGUGCCACACCUGUGGCAAAGGAAUUAUUCAAGGUCAAGGACAUGCUAAUGAGAUACUGAGUGAUGAUCAUUUUGUCUGUGACAAAUGCAACAAACAGUUCCCUGAUAUUGAACGUUUAUGUCAGCACAAGGCCAAAGACCAUGGUACAUCCUAUCAAUGUGAUUUGUGUAAGGAAUUAGAAGCAAGAGAAGCAACUGGUAUCGGUUAUAUCUGUUGUGUCUGUGAUGCCGAGUUUGAAAUUUCCACUGAACUUGAAGAUCAUAUGAGUAUACAUGACAAUGUGCAGCCCCACUAGCUAGGGAAGAUAAAUUGAAACUAUUUUGGGUGCUGUUGCGAUAUGAAAAAAUCAAUAUAUCGAUAUCAAACAAAAAUAUCGACUAUAUCGAAUUAUGAAAUUAGAAAACGUAGUUCAGUCGGCCUGCAUGUAUACCAUGUCACACCACUGGGUAGAUGGAUUAUAAAUAGUCUAUUGUAAUAAUAACCCAU